ACUGGGCGUUAAGUUAUAUCUGACGUGUUUUGUGGCUCGCGCUGCUCAGUCGCUAGCGGUCGGUUCCCCGGUACGGUUGUGUUCGAACGAGUUAGCAAAAUCAUUCGGGGCCGUUGGGCAGUUCGGUGCAGUGUGUGACAUAGAAACGUGCAACACAUCCAGACCAGAGAUCUUCGCGUGUAAAACUCAAGUGAGGAAUACUUGCUUUUAUUUAGUACUCCGUUAGUGUGAGAUGAGUUGAAAGUAGAUUUUAUACACCAAAGACCGAAAGACAACUUAGAACAUCAGUGCAUGAAGUGAUCGUACUCGUAGAUCGAAUGGGAAAAUCGUGAUCAUAGCACAGUGCAAAGGAUACGGUCGAUCACGUGACUCAACCGGAGCUUUAUUGUUUACCGGCCUGUACAUCCACAGUGCACACGGUUUGCCACGGAUCCGCCAACAGCACGGAUCCGACAAUGGACGACGGACGCAUGGUGACGAUGCUCCCGGAAGUAGCAUCGUCCAGCAUCGCCGAAUCGUAUGCCGGGCGUGCGAUCUUCAUCACCGGUGCGACCGGUUUCAUGGGCAAGAUCAUGGUGGAGAAGCUGCUGCGCGAAUGUGGCGAUAUACGGUGCAUGUAUCUGUUGAUUCGUGCCAAAAAGGGUAUCGAUCCGGUCCAGCGCAAGGAGGAGUACGUGAAAAAUAUAGUGUUUGAUCAUGUGCGCGAAAAGUAUGGCGAUCGGUUGGCAAAGAUACGGCUCAUCCGGGGUGAUAUACUGAGCGAUGGGUUAGGCAUCAGCGAGGAGGAUCACGCCGAGCUGGUAGAGAACGUUGAGAUGGUGUUUCACUGUGCCGCCAAUGUUCGCUUCGAUCAACACAUUCGCCAAGCGGUGGAUAUCAAUUUGAACGGUACGAUCCGGGUACUGUCGCUGGCAGAAAAGAUGCGCAAGCUGGUAUCGUUCAUACACGUUUCCACCUCGUACUGCCAGUGCAAUGAGGCGGUGCUGGAGGAGAAACAUUAUCCCGCACCACAGAACCCGGAAGGCAUCUCGAAGAUGGUUGGUUUGCUGAGUGAUGAUGUUUUGGAUCUCAUUACACCAAGACUGCUUAACAACCUGCCCAAUACGUACGCUUACACGAAAGCACUAACGGAGGAUAUGGUUUAUCAGUAUCGGGGCAAGCUACCGAUCGCCAUCGCCCGACCGUCGAUCGUGACGGCCGCUAUGAAGGAACCGCUUCCGGGCUGGGGUGAAGGUACUAAUGGACCCACCGGAUUGCUGAUCGGUGCUGGCCGUGGUGUGAUUCGCAGCAUGCACUGCAAUGCCGAAUAUUUGGCAGAUUUUAUGCCUGUCGAUAUCACGAUGAAUGCCAUCAUUGCAAUUGGCACAGAGCGUAUGAAAAAUCCGCGUAAAGACGACGUGAUGUACUACAAUCUUGCCUCGUCGGCUGAAAAUCCCAUCAGCUGGGGCGAAGUGCUGGAGAUGGGUCGCAGUGUGCUGAACGAGAACCCCUUCUGCUUCGCCUUGUGGUAUCCAGAUGGUUCGAUAAAGUCAAACUACCUCUACCAUCUUCUGUGCGUUAUCUUUUUUCACUACUUGCCUGCCUAUUUGAUAGACUUUUUGUUUGUGCUGUUACGUCGAAAACCUUUUUUGGUAAAGGUACAAAAAAGGAUAUCCGCUGGACUGACGAUACUCCAGUACUACACGACGAAGGAGUGGAUUUUCCGAUGCGACAAUGCAAAAUCCUUAUACCAGCGGCUUUCACAUGACGAUCAAAAACGGUUUUACUUCGAUGUAACCGAAAUUAACUACCAGACCUAUCUGUACGAUUUCAUCCUCGGUGCACGGCAAUACAUCCUGAAGGAAGCGCCGGAAACAUUACCGCAAGCAAGAAAGCUACUGCGAAAACUCUACAUCAUGGAUAAGAUUGUGCAGAUAGGAUUGUACGCGUUGGGGCUGUGGUUGUUCUGGACCUACUUUGAGGUAGUUACCGGUUCGAUUCAGUUCGUGUUUGAUACUGCAAUUGCGGGACUGCGGGGCAGCUCCGCCUCACCAAUCGCAACCAUUCGACAGGGUCUUUGAUUUCAUUCGGUUAUAACUGCACAGAAAUUCAUUUUCUGUAUCGUAUAUCAGUGAGUUCGUUUUUUUUUCGAUGCGGCGCUUAAAUGUGAAAGAUAGAUUUUAAGUGUUAUUAAGCGCGUAAUUAUGAUUUGAUUUACGUUUUCUCUUGGGAGUGUUUAGGCACAAAUUAUCUACGACGGCACGGCAAUAAACUCGUACGAUAGAACAAAUUGCACUACCUCACUACGAACGUUCUACAGCCAGUUCAAUAAACAAAAAAAAAACAGACGUAAUGCAAGCUUGUUUGCACGAUCGCAAUACUGCAUCAAUGAAAUUGUGUGCUUAUCGGAAUAUUGUUCAUAUUUACCGUAUCAAUAAAGAUGUUUAUGAGUAAAAA